AUGUCACAGGAUUCGAUUCCUGAUACAUCUCUUGAUGAGAUUCUAAUAUUCCGAUAUCGUUUAAUGCCAUGCGGAUAUGUUCUUCCCCAUACGGAUAACUACAAUCGUUUACUGUGGUAUCUUGAUUACGCAACUAUUAAUGUCGAGGCAGUCGCACACACAAUCCAAAGUUCAGAAUCAUUGCGAAGUCAGUUCAUGCAAUUCGAGCACAUGUUGAAGAGAGUUAAUAAACAGGAAGAGCAAACAGGACGUUUGAGUGGAGUACGACACAUCAUUGAUCUGAACGGAUAUGAAAUCAAUCCGUUCACAAUGUUCUUUGUUACGAACGGCAAUCUUGCGUAUUACUCUCAACUGCUUCAUUUCGAGAACUACCCAGACUUAGUCACUCCUAUGGAAAUGGUGAAUGUACCGAAAUGGCUUCAUGUACCGUACAAAAUCGCAAAAACAAUGAUGCCCGAUGGGUUCAACGACCGUUUCCGACUUCACGACGACAACUUUUUGAAUGCUUUACUGAAAGACAUCAACAUUGAGCAUAUUCCACAGACUCUCGGAGGAUAUAACGAGGUAACACAACUAAGCCACUCGAUGCAGAAAAUCAAAACGAUUCCUGCACAAAAACUGACGAAUGAAAAGUUUUGGAAACCGACCGAUAUGGAGCUCAUUAGUGCACUAGAGACAUUCCAUAUAUCACCACGAAAGGUUCGUCAAAUUCACGUUGAUGUGACGGACGCGAAUAAUUCCUUGUUGUGGUACUACAGUACAGACGGUGACAUCUAUUUCGGUGUAUUCUACCAGCCAUUCGACGAGGCUAUCAGCAACAAUACGAUCACAAACAACACCCGUCAUGAGAAAGAGAUCGACUACGAUCGUCUCGAGAUGGUUUACCCGUGGUGGAAACUUGCCGCCAGGAUAGUGCACGAGUCGGGUCGUAUUCAGUGCACAAAACCUGGUCGCUAUUGGUUUGUGUUUUGUAAUAAGCUGUCAUGGUUGCAGAAACGAACCGUUCAUUUGAAUGUACAAUUAACGGACGGCUCAUGCACGAAACGAUGUCAUAUGGACGGUACGAUGAGUAAUGCUGAGAUCACCAUUCAAACCGAUCAAACACUUCACUUGUCACUUUGAUUUUGAUCCACUUUGAUCAAAUCUCUCUGAUUGAUAUCCGAUGGCUAUCACUAUGCAUAAUAUUACUCUUCUUUAUGAAUAUCGUUUCUAUGUGUAAUUUGGUUAUUAUGAUCGUCUCUAGUGCAUUUUAGUGCAUUGCGAUUGAU